CCGCGUGUGCUCCAACCGCCACGGCCUCAUUCGCAAAUACGGGCUGAAUAUGUGCCGGCAGUGCUUCCGCCAGUACGCCAAGGACAUCGGCUUCAUCAAG